AUGAAAGGAGAAAUGGAAGAGGCUGUCCUAGACAGACCAUGAAGCUUUAUACUAAAAUCCUUUAUACACAGAGUUCCGUUGACACAGCACAGAACACACACGUGUUUCUGUGUCAGCAUCGUGUCUUUGCACUUCAGGAGCGACAGACAGGAUCAUAAACAUUCAAUUGGAGAAGAAAGAAAAAAGGGAGAGACACAGACACCAAGCAAAAAGCCGUGUCCCCACAGGAGCGAGCAAUGUCAAGUUUAAAGAAAAGAUAUUCGAAUUCGUCAGCCGAACGGGAUGUGGAAGACAAGGAGGUUACGGAGAAGAUGCUCUCUCCAGUCGGAGGAGAGAAUGGAAACUCAAGCCGGAUGGGAAGCCCGGAUAAGGUACCCGGGGAAGAGAAGGUUGUCCUAGAAAGAACCAUUACCCUGGUGAAUGGCGUAGCUAUCAUAGUGGGUACCAUUAUCGGCUCGGGUAUCUUUGUGACCCCGACUGGAGUGGUGAAGGAAGCCGGGUCCGUCGGACUGUCCCUUGUCGUUUGGGCAGUGUGUGGGGUGUUCUCAACCAUAGGUGCACUGUGUUAUGCUGAGCUGGGCACCACUAUUUCCAAAUCAGGUGGUGACUAUGCUUACAUCCUUGAAGUGUAUGGUUCCCUGCCGGCUUUCCUGAAACUGUGGAUCGAGUUGCUCAUCAUUCGCCCGUCAUCGCAGUACAUUGUCGCGUACGUCUUCGCUACCUACCUUCUCAAGCCAAUCUUCCCUGACUGCCCUGUACCCGAGAAUGGGGCGAAGCUAAUCGCCUGUCUUUGCAUCUUGCUAUUGACUGCUAUAAACUGCUACAGUGUGAAGGCAGCCACGCGGGUCCAGGAUGCCUUUGCAGCUGCCAAGCUCUUUGCCUUGGGCCUCAUCAUUAUUAUUGGUUUUGUGAAGAUUGGCAAAGGUGACACAGUCAACCUCUUACCAGAAAAUUCUUUCAAGAAUUCAAACUACGACUUUGGGAACAUUGGUCUGGCCCUGUACAGUGGUCUGUUUGCGUAUGGGGGCUGGAAUUACUUGAACUUUGUUACAGAAGAAAUGAUUGAACCUUACAAGAACCUGCCUCGUGCUAUCAUCAUCUCCUUGCCCAUCGUCACUGUGGUGUACGUACUGACUAACCUGGCCUACUUCACCACUCUGAGUCCAGAAGAGAUGCUGAGCUCUGAGGCUGUGGCGGUGGACUUUGGAAACUACCACCUGGGCCCCAUGGCUUGGAUCAUCCCUGUGUUUGUGGGACUGUCCUGUUUCGGCUCUGUUAAUGGCUCUCUCUUUACAUCAUCCAGGUUGUUCUUUGUGGGCUCAAGAGAAGGCCACCUCCCCAGUCUGCUGUCCAUGAUCCACCCUGACCUGCUGACCCCUCUGCCGUCACUCAUCUUCACAUGCCUCAUGACGCUGCUGUAUGCCUUCUCCAACGACAUCUUCUCUGUCAUCAACUUCUUCAGUUUCUUCAACUGGCUCUGUAUUGCCAUGGCGAUAAUCGGCAUGAUGUGGCUGCGCUACAAGAAACCUGAGCUGGAACGACCAAUUAAGGUGAAUAUCCUGCUGCCUAUCAGCUUCGUCCUGGCUUGUAUGUUCCUCAUCGUGGUGUCCAUCUGGAAAACACCUGUGGAGUGUGCCAUUGGUUUUGGCAUCAUUGCCACUGGAGUGCCAGUCUACUACAUUGGCGUUUGGUGGCAAAACAAGCCCAAAUGGCUCCUUCAGUUUAUCUUCUCUUCCACGGCGCUUUGCCAGAAGCUGAUUGGGGUGGUACCACAGGAAUCCUGAAGAGGAGCUAAAGCGACGAAGCCCCUCGACAUACAACCCCAGUGACCACUUAUCUACCCCCUCACCCCUGGAGGCACCUGCUCCCAGUCUACACCCUCACUCAGCCACCAUCAAUGUUUUUUAGGUCUAAUCAUUCCUUCUGAUCUCCUAGUGUUCUAGUGCAGGAGAGCCAUGCUGCUAGACUGCUGUGCCCAGCACGGUCCCCCUCUACCCUGCACAUACUGUAGCUGUUGGGAUACCUUCAGACAGGUUUUCACUGCAAACAUUGUUUCAGUCUUCAAGAUUUUGUUGAUUUAGAAUGUCUUUGUACUGAACCACGGCUCACAAGUGUUGUAUUUAUGAGGAUUAUGUUACUUCUGUUUACAGAAAAAUUUAAUCUCGUUCAAACUAUUCUUUCACUGAAGGUUUGGCAUCCCUGUGUUCAUAUAGUUGCAAUCUGUGCUUUCAGUCGAUUGUGAUGUGUGGCCUGGCUUGGUGCUAAUUCCUGGUAGGCGAAAGCUAGAAUUGUUGUUCAGAUUCACUGACUCACUGUUUCACAGUAGUUCUGCCAUUACCCAGUUAGUGAGUCAACUGCUUCCCAGAAGGGCAUCGUGUCUGUUUGUUGCCAUGGCUUCUAUUUCAGCAGCUUACAGGCUGUUGAACGCAGACAUUAUGUGUUGUAGUCUGGGUGUUUGUUUUUCUGUAUGCUUUUGUUUUCAUCUUUUUGGGGGGAAAGGUUUAAUGUAUCUGUAAAGGAUGGCAAAAUAUCAAUUUGAUUUUACUAGUGCCUCUGAUAAAGCCAAGGCUAUUCAGUUCCCUGACUACAGACACACUUACAUUUACAUUUACAUUUAAGUCAUUUAGCAGACGCUCUUAUCCAGAGCGACUUACAAAUUGGUGCGUUCACCUUAUGACAUCCAGUGGAACUGCCACUUUACAAUAGUGCAUCUAAAUCUUUUAAGGGGGGGGGGGGUGAGAAGGAUUACUUUAUCCUAUCCUAGGUAUUCCUUAAAGAGGUGGGGUUUCAGGUGUCUCCGGAAGGUGGUGACUGAACUCAUCUGACCCCUGAGAAGCUGAAAACUGAGGGUAGACAGGGAAAUGGACGUGUAACAGUGAUUGGAGCGUAAGUGUUAUAAUUCUUAUAUUUCUACUUUCAUGAGGUAGAUACAGUGGAGCUUUUUUUUAAUGCUGUCAAUUAACUUUGUUGUAUAUCCAAGGACGUCUUAGUUUCCCGUGAGAUUUCUGGUUCACAAAUAGACCAUGCAUGGGACAUAAUUAUUAUAAUUAUAGUUAUUUUUACAACUAUUCCGAGUAUACAAAUUACAGAGACCCUUUUGCUUGUCUGUAGAUUUGUCAUUAAAUCACCAUUAGCCUUCCGACUGUACCAUGUCUUACCUCAGUGGACCUACAGUAUCACAGGAAUAUAAUAUAGCUGGUUGUAAAUCUUACAAAUAUAACAUGUUUUUUUUUAUGCUGAAGUAAUACAAACUUGUGAACAUAAUAGUUGCCUGCUUGAGCUCAAUCCAGACUACAUACAUUACGAGCAAUGAUUUCAUUUGUUCUUAGAUCACAAUGAUCGUGUGGGUAUCAUCAGAUGCACAUGGGUAUUGUUGCUAUUAACUACUGUUAUGUCGAAGAGUUUUAAAACAGGACAGGUUGUAACCAAGGCCCCCAAUAGGAACACUGAUGUCACAGUGACUACUUUUUACCUGUGACAAGGCUGGCUAAUAACCUCAUGAUUUUGGGUUAGAAUGGGCUAUUGUGGGUGUGUAUGUGAGUGUGUGUAUAUGUCUUAGAAUAGGGUCACAGCUGUAAAGAUGAUUUCAUUGCUUUAGUGUGUCUGUUUCUGUGCUUGCAUGUGUCUACUGUACGUUGUCACUACUGUCAGCAACUAUCAACUUCAUAAAAGGAUUUCUACAUUUAAGUGUGAUGAUGAGAUUUGUGCGGUAAAGGUUUAAUGAGGUAUGGACCAUGGUUGUUGGAAAUGUGUGGUUUCCCCGUCAAAAAGUGGGUAGGCGGGCAGGGCAUAGCAGAGCAAAGGUUAAAACCACAGUCUUUGGAUACAGAUGCCUCAGAGGGUGGGACAGGGGAGACACAGGACUGGAGGUGGAUGGUUGACAAGAUUAUUAAUUCAUUGUUAUUUUUUUGCUGAAAAAAAAUGUUCAGCGUACUAUAUUAACAAAAAUCAUCCUGCAGAAGCUUGUCCAGGCCUGUUUAUUUGAAUGUGUUCCUCCACAUUGUGGCACGGUAAAGCUAUGUAAAGCCAAUGACAUGUGCUGUGCUAUAGACCACGUGGUCACUGUGGUAACCAUAUAGCUCAUGAGUCUGACUUACCAUUGGUUUCCUGGAGGAUGUGUCAUUGUAUGUAGAACAGCAGAAUAGCUUGCUAACACUCCAGCCAUCAGAAGAUGUUAACUAAUUUAAAUAGUACUGUAGAAGGUUUUAUUUAUUUAUUGUAGGAUCUGUUAGUCCCCACAUUUUUUUACAGGGCAUUUGUUAAAGUGCUUUAUGAAUAAAUCUUGUUUUUUUUCCAUACAUGUAUGUAUUGUCAAUUUUUUUGUCUCCUUUAUCCUGUGUUCUUAUCAUGUUAAUAAAAUAUGUUUCAA